AUGGCAAACGUCGCGCUACUCGGCUGCACAGGCAUGGUGGGCUCCCACAUCCUCACCAGCCUAAUUUCCAACGCCGGCAUCAACCGAGUCGAUACAAUCUCGCGCAGAACACCACCCGCCGCCGCCGACGCCCCAGCCAAACUCACCACAUUAAUCUCAGACGAUACCACCAAAUGGGCCGCUCAACUCUCCGCUCUCUCCCCCACACCAGAUAUCUACAUCACCGCUUUCGGCACCACCAGAGCUGCAGCAGGCGGUUUCGAUAACCAAUAUAAAAUUGAGCAUGGACUAAAUGUUGAGAUGGCUCGCGCGGCGCAUGAAGCAGGUACUAAAGUGUGCGUGAUCAUUUCUAGCGGUGGUGCGAAUAAGGCCUCGGUUCUUGCGUAUCCGCGUAUGAAGGGUGAGAUCGAGGAGGAUAUUAAGGCUUUGGGCUUUGAGAAGACGAUUAUUUUGCGCCCGGGUUUGAUUGCGGGGACUCGUGAGGAAAGUCGUCCUACUGAGGCUAUCGUGAGGUUUGUUGCGGGGUGGGCUGGGAAGUUGCAUUCGUCUUUGAAGGAUGGGUGGGCUCAGGAGAGUGAUGUUAUUGGUCAGGCGGCUGUUAAGGCUGGAUUGAAGGCGCUAAAGGGCGAUGUUCCUGCUGGUAGUGAGAGUUUGUGGCUUAUUGAGGGGAGAAGUAUUAUUGAUGUGGCGAAGAGUGAUUAG